AGGAGUGACAGUGUCCCUGCCAGGCCCGCUGGGAGAGGACCAUGGCCCUGAGCAAUGUGUGUGGCGACCCUGUCGCCCUGAGCAACGGAGGGCACCAUCCUCUCAGUGCCAACGGAAAUGCCCCCCCGAACACCAGCAUGGGGGUCUGCGGCGGCCGGGACCCUUUCACCGCCGCCAAUAGCGGCGACUGCAUCACCGCAGACGGACACGAAGAGGUUAUAUCGAAGGACGCGCCGUCCAAAGAUCAGCAGAGAUCGCAUGUGGUCCAGAGAACAAGCAGGCCGAGCCAAAACGGCGUGGUCAAACAGAACGGCUCCCUGAGGGACCUUCCUCCAUCCAAAUCCCCCCCCGCCAGUGUAGACUCCCAGCGGCUGGCCAAACGCCACCUUUGCUCUUCUCCCACCCUCUCUCUGUCCUCGUCCUCCCCUUCUCUCCAGCCCCCGCCACUCUGCUGCCAGCACUGUCACUUCCAUUCCUCCCUGUGCUGCCCCCGUGGUCAGCCGGAGUGCCCCGGCUCCAUUCCCCAACCUGGGACCCCUUCAUCCUGCCCGUGUUGCCUCUCCACCUGCACAUACUCUCAGCCCCACCCUGCUCACCCAUCCUCCCCUCUCUGUCUCCAACACCACCAUCAGCAGCGCUGGCAGGAGCACCUCCAGAACCAGACACCUGGAAUCAGCCCUCCAAGGCCCUUUCGAUUCCCCAAAAGCUAUGCCGAGCUGAUAGCUGAUUGGCCAGUGGUGGUGCUAGGGGUGUGCACAGUGCUCAUCGUGGUGUGUGCCCUGGUGGGCAUCCUGGUGCCUGAACUGCCGGAUUUCUCAAACCCACUGCUGGGGUUUGAGCCACGGGGGACAGCCAUUGGGCAGCGACUGGUCACAUGGAGCAACAUGGUGAAGAACACCGGUUACAAAGCCACAUUGGCCAACUACCCCUUCAAAUACGCGGAUGAGCAGGCCAAAAAUCACCAAGAGCCCAGGUGGCCCGAGGACCACUUCGAUCGAGACAAACGGCAAGCAGAGUGGGACUUCAGUAAAGAGUUCUUCUGUGAUGUGCCAGGUGACAGUUACUCUAGACUUGUGUUUACAUCAGCUGAUGGGAAGAACCUGUGGAGUAUUCAGGCCAUCAAAUCCAUGUGCAAUCUGGACAACACAAAGGUACGCUCCCAUCGGGACUACUGGAGUCUCUGUCAGCGCACCAAUGAUGCCUCCUGUUGCCCCAGCUGGACUCUCGGGAACUACAUCGCCGUCCUCACCAAUCGCUCGUCCUGUCAGAAGAUAACGGAGCGCGACGUGUCGCACACGCUGAAGAUUCUGCGCUCGUGCGCCAAGUACUACCACAACGGCACGCUGGCGCACGACUGCUGGGACAUGGCUCUGCGGAGGAAAGACCAGCUCAAGUGUGCCGGCGUGCCACGGAAGUGCACCAAGUACAAUGCCGUCUACCAAAUCCUUCACUUCCUGGUGGACAAAGACUUCCUGAGUCCCAAGAGCCUGGAGUUUCCUCCGCCCGUGCUCAGAUCCAGCAUGCUCUUCUCCCCCACGGAGAAAGGAGGGUCCAUGAUGAACAUCUACAUCGACAACUUUGAGAACUGGAACUCGUCGGACGGUAUCACCACAGUGUCAGGGAUCGAGUUUGGUAUCAAACACAACCUCUUUCAGGAUUACCUCCUCACGGACACCGUCUAUCCCGCCAUCGCCAUAGUGAUCGUCCUGCUGGUCAUGUGCGUGUACACGCGCUCCGUUUUCAUCACCCUGAUGACGAUCAUAGCCAUCAUCAGCUCACUGAUCGUGUCCUACUUCCUGUACCGGAUGGUCUUCAACUUUGAGUUCUUCCCUUUCAUGAACCUCACGGCUCUCAUCAUCCUGGUGGGCAUCGGCGCCGACGAUGCCUUCGUGCUCUGCGACGUGUGGAACUACACCAAGUUUGACAAGCCGCACGCCGAGCUGUCUGAGACGGUCGGCGUGACGCUGCAACACGCCGCCCUCUCCAUGUUCGUCACCAGCUUUACCACGGCCGCCGCGUUUUACGCCAACUACGUCAGCAACAUCACCGCCAUCCGCUGCUUCGGUGUCUACGCCGGCACCGCGAUAUUGGUGAACUACAUUCUCAUGGUGACGUGGCUUCCAGCUGUGGUGGUGUUGCACGAACGUUACCUGCCUAACAUGUUCCCCUGCGCCAAGCCCGCGCACCCGGAACAGGGUUUGUGCACCCAGACGUUCUGGGCAGGACUUUGUCAAAAGGCAGACAAAUGCCUGUUCGCCGUCUCCGAGGCGUCGCGUAUCUUCUUCGAGAAGGUGCUGCCCUGUGUCGUCAUCAAGCUGCGCUACCUCUGGCUCUUCUGGUUCCUGGCCAUCACGGUGGGCGGGGCCUACGUGGUCUGUGUCAAUCCCAAGAUGAAGCUGCCGUCUCUGGAGCUAGCCGAGUUCCAGGUGUUCCGGUCCUCACACCCGUUCGAGCGCUACGACGCCGAGUACAAGAAGCUGUUCAUGUUCGAGCGGGUUCACCACGGCGAGGAGCUCCACAUGCCCAUCACCAUCAUCUGGGGUGUGACACCCGUGGAUAACGGCGACCCCCUGAACCCCAUAAACAAGGGCAAGCUGACGCUAGAUAGCAGCUUCAACAUCGCCAGCCCGGCGUCCCAGCUGUGGAUCCUGAGCUUCUGCCAGAAGCUGAGGAACCAGAGCUUCGUCUUUCAGUCCGAGGAGCAGGACUUCACCAGCUGCUUCAUCGAGACAUUUAAACAGUGGAUGGAGAACCAGGACUGUGAGGAGGCGUCCGUCUACCCUUGCUGCAGUCAGUCCACCUUCCCCUACAAGCAGGAAGUGUUUGAGCUGUGCAUCAAGAGAGCCAUCAUGGAGCUGGACCGGAGCACCAACUACCAUCUGGACAGCAAGACGCCCGGCCCGCGCUUCGACAUCAAUGACACCAUCAGAGCCAUAGUGUUAGAGUUCAAGAGCACCUACCUCUUCACCCUGGCCUACGACAAGAUGUUCCAGUUCUACCGGGAGGUGGAUGCCUGGAUUGAGGAAGAGUUGCGGUACGCGCCGGCUGGCCUCAGCCACGGCUGGUUCAUCAGCAACCUGGAGUUCUACGACCUGCAGGACAGCCUGUCGGACGGCACUCUGGUCGCCAUGGCGCUGUCGGUGGCCGUGGCCUUCAGCGUUAUGCUGCUGACCACCUGGAACGUCAUCAUCAGCCUGUACGCCAUCCUGUCCAUCGCCGGCACCAUCUUCGUGACAGUGGGCUCCCUGGUGCUGCUGGGCUGGGAGCUGAACGUCCUGGAGUCGGUCACCAUCUCCGUGGCCGUGGGGCUCUCGGUGGACUUCGCCGUCCACUACGGCGUGGCCUACCGGCUCGCCCCCGAGCCCGACCGGGAGGGGAAGGUGAUUUUCUCCCUCAGCCGCAUGGGCUCUGCCAUUGCCAUGGCAGCACUGACCACCUUUGUUGCCGGGGCCAUGAUGAUGCCCUCCACCGUAUUAGCCUACACCCAGCUGGGCACCUUCAUGAUGCUCAUCAUGUGCAUCAGCUGGGCCUUCGCCACCUUCUUCUUCCAGUGCAUGUGUCGCUGCCUGGGGCCGCAGGGCACCUGUGGCCAGAUCCCCUUGCCCAAAAAGCUGCAGUGUCAGGUGUUCUCCGAGGUCACGGCCAAGAGCCCCCCCGCUCAGGGGAAAGGCUCUGGCCUUGGGAAGUACCAGCUGGACGGGCGGGGCGGGGAGGUGGAGCACUACGAGCUGGAGCCCUUGGCCUCCAGUCACAAAAGUGACGAUAAAGCCGGAGAGGAGCUUUACAACGGAAUCCCUCCCCAGCAGCACAGUGGCCCAUACACGCACAUCCGUUACCUGAGCAAAGCUGACACUGGCCCCCCCGGCCCCGAGAACGGCCUCGGAGCCACACUGAGCUCAGCAGCCCGGUGCCAGUACUCUCAAAACACUAACUGCACAUGCGGGGACCCUCCUCCUCCUCAGCAUUAUGCCCCCCAUCCCUGUGCUCAGCCUGCCCAGGACUCCCCGUCCUGCCCUCCCACCCCGCAGCUCUUCCCACUCUCAGGAAACUCCCCAAGUAAAAAAAACGCAGCCCUGUUACCUACGAACCUGGACCCAGUCUACACACACAUGGAGUGCCGAAUGCACUACGUCCACUGUCCCCCGACACAUUUACACCACUGCUCCCCGGGGAGAAUAGCGCCCCCCAGGCAAGGUCCUGUCCACAGCUGCCAUCUCAGGAACUAUUGUGUCCACAGCGGUUCAGCCAGAGAGCCCAGAUCCACAGCUCCUGGCUCGGAGCCUGUGGGAAAUGAGGAUGACCACAGACACGAAACGAGGCCCUCAGGCCCCGACAGUAGCCAGAAUAUCAGCCCCCCAGCCCCGACACAAGCUCAGACUCAAUGCCCCUCCCCCUCCCUGGGCUCACCACACCCAACCAGUUCUGAAAGACAGCAGAGAAGGGACAGUGGCCAUUGUUGUGGGGAUAACCAUGUAUCCACCACAGCCCCAGGUACAACAACACACAUGGAUGCUUGUUGUAAAAUCCCUGGCAACCCGGAGCAGCUCAGAAGCCUUCCCGUCACACGGGAGGAAAGUGUCAAAAAGUGCAAGCGCAACUCCAAAAGACAGCGGGCGUCCUCUGCCUCUCCAAAGAAACUCUAUUGUUUUAACAGGGCGUCGAAAGUGAAGUGCAAUUCAGCUUCAGAGUUUAACGUGCCAAAAACUGAAACCAGCGUGCCUCCGAUUUCAAUACACACAAAUCCCUCUUCUGAAAGCUUAUGCUGACAAUAGAUUGAUAUUUUUAAAUAAAAAUUCAAUCCGGAACAAGAAGCAAAUGUCCAAAAACAAGGAAUGACACCUACAAUGUCUCUGCGCAGUCAAACAGGGUUUGUGAUGCGUUUGCUGACCUAAGUGCCUUAAUGUGUUUCAUGAAACAGCACAGACCCACUCAAUAUAAUCUGUUUACAUCUUUCUUUUUGUACUCACCAGGUCUUCACGUGCCACAUUAUGUGUUACAGUGAAACACACUAUUGGUAUGGCUAUACCAUUGUGGGAAAUUGAUGGCUGUCCCGGUUCCGAUUUAUUUGAAAUAGAAACUUGAUUGAAACAAGUUUUCGGUGUUGACUAUCAGAAUCAAGAGCAGGAUCGGAGAUUCUCUCAGUAUUUUUUCUCUUCACACCCCUGUCUAUUUGUGCACAUCCGGAGAAAAACUACAACACACAGCGUAGCUUAUCGGCUGGUAGCAUGCCACUUAAGACACGGUUAACGUUAGCUCACCGGAAGCUCGCCACUGCCGGAGUCGGAAAUAACAAAGAAACUACAAACAGGAAAAUCCUAGUGCUUCCUAACAAAAGUAAAGCAUGUAAACUCCAAUGGCACUCCAUGGUGUAUUCAGGUGCACCUUGGUAAAUUAUUUGUGCAUUCAGUUGCACUUCGUAAACUCUGAGAAACUCAAACUGUUGCUGCAAUGUAGCCUUCUGUUAUCUAGUGGCUCUUGGUGUGGCAUUGCCGUCUUGGUUGAAAUUAAAAUGUUAAAGUCGUAAAUCGAAUCGUGACCUUCAAAUUGAAUGGAAUUGUGGAUUUGAAGAAUCGUGACACCCCUACUCCAGAUCUUCACGUGCUAGAUUUUACAGUAAAACAGUAAAACAGUAAAACACACACUAUAUCAUUAUAGGAAAUAAAUAAUCUUUUCACAAAGGCUCCUCCAUCAAAUUUAGUACAGUGUUAAAUAAACUCAUACAGCAGCCAUUUGCACCAACAGUAGUAGAUAGUAUAUAUUGUGAUAUUGUGUGUAAUUAUUAUUAUCAUAUAUAAUCAUAUCAACCAUAACACAAAUGUGCCACAUUUUACAGUCAAGUUGAUAAAAAAGUCAUCGCCUGACACUUUUUGUAUGUGUGGGAGCUAGUGUUAAAUUCUGUGUUCUCUUGUGUUCAAGUCGCCACACGCCUCAGAUAAAAGAUGUACUGUAUGAUUAAAAUGUCUUUUUUU